UUAAAAUUUGACACAAAUUCAAACAGAUUCUUUUCCUGUAUAGGUGGUAAAACUCAUACAUUCAGUGAAAUUCUUUGAUUAAGUAAAUAGUACAAGAGGACGUUUGUUUUGUGUUUUGAGGUAAUGUUACCGUUUUUCGAGAUCAUGACCAACAUUGGGUGUUUCCAAAUAUGAUGACCAAUCGAACGGUGCGCGCAACAAUGUUGCUUUCAAAUUAAAAUUCGCCCCAAAAUAGAUACUUAAAACUAAAAUUUAACAAAAGUGAAUUAAACGCAACAUGUCCAAGGACUCACAAUUUACCUCACACGUAUCCCAAAGUCAAACAUUUCAGCAAUUCUAUUCGAACUCAGCACGAAGCUCUUACGAGGGCACCUCAUCAAUGUUGACAGUCUUCUCUUACUUCAUUUGCGGCAGCCCUCCACGUUUGCUCUUGGGUCGCUUUUACACGGGUAAGGUCCUCUUCACCGUAUUCAGUUUCGCCACGAUCAUUAUCUCAACGGUUUUCUUGGACGGCAUGACGACUCUGCUAACAAAGCAAGUUCGAUACCCAGAGAUCAAUUCUCUGAAAGACGUGGAAGACGCAAACUUAUUUAUCCAAGUGUCAGACGUGGAGACAACCUCAAAAUUCUUUUUGCAGGAAAAUAAAUAUAAAGCACUUGCAACCAAACUGACGAAUAGUUCACACUCGCUAAAAAUAUUUUUUUUCGCUGAAAUGAACAGGGACUUGGGACUCCUCGACCAAAUUAUUAACCUCGAUAAUUGGACAAAUUUUGUGAUGGAUUCAGCACGCAGGACUGAAUAUGAAGAUUAUUGGAUAAAAAAUGUAAUUAAUCUGCAUGCCAUUUAUGAAUCGGAUGCAUAUUUGGAGAGAAUUCCUCAAUCCACUAUCUCAAAGCAAAGUGUCUCCAUUACUCGCUUCCUGCAGGAGCGUCCCAUGAGCUACCACUUGGUCGCAGAAAGUCUUAUGACGUAUCCAUUAUCAUUCACCUUCGUCAGGAACUCGUUUCUUUUCGAGAAGUUGAAUGACAAACUUGCGCAAAUGUCGGAGGCUGGUUUUGCUCAACAAACAGUGGAUUCGUUUGUAAAUGACCGGAUGAAUAUGACGGAGCCUCAUGAGCAAUGUGAUCACUGCGAGCCGAGACCGUACGGUUUGAGAGAUUUGCGAUUGGCGUUCAUUGCUUUGUCGAGUGGUUUGUCUCUGAGUUUUUUUGCCUUUCUAUUCGAACUUUACAUUCAGUUUUUUGGGACUUUAAAAAUAUUUAAAUAUUUGAAGCGAAUGAGAAUGCUGUUUUCUGAUAGAAGAGUAGAAGAUUGAUGGAGCCACACCAUUUACUUUAAAACAUUCUGCUCUACCAUGUAAAUCCUUAAAGACGAACGCAAUUCUCGGUUGACACCCGGGACCCUCGGACAACACCCGGAGCGCGGAAUUUCGAGUCGGCAAAUUUACACCUCUUGAUAUUCUGUCAUACCAUCAUCCAACAUCCAUGCCCGAGUUUGUACCUCGUGUCGUAUCAUUCUUGAUUGAAGGCGUUUUAGUAACGCUCAUACAUCUGAUUCACAUAGUUAGUUUGGCACGUAAUAGUACAUAAUAGUAAUGAGUAAAAUAUAGAGUACAUAAUAGUAAUGAGUAAUAUAGAGUACAUAAUAGUAAUGAGUAAUAUAGAGUACACACUAGUAAUUUGUAAUAUACAGUACAGUAUUUGA